GUCAACUAGUGCACGAACAAUGUCCUCUUCAUUCAAAGUAACUUCAACACCAAACGCACCAUCAGCUGUAGGACCAUACGUACAAGCUAUCACCCACAACGGCGUUGUUUAUGCCUCAGGCUGUAUCCCAUUGGAUCCACAAUCGAUGACUAUCGUCGGUGAGGGCAGCAUCGAACCACAAGCUACACAAGUACUCAAGAACCUCAAGAAUGUCUUAGAAGCAUCCGGCUCAUCGAUGCAGGAUGUCAUGAAGACAACAUGUCUUCUCAAGAACAUGGAGGAUUUCGUUGCUUUCAACAAGGUCUACGAGGGUGCAUUCGCACCACACAAGCCAGCUAGAAGUUGCUUCGAAGUCGCUCGUCUGCCAAAGGAUGUUUUGGUAGAAGUUGAAGCAAUCGCAGCUGUAAAGAACUAAAACGUUUGAUUCAUGAUCUAGAUUGGAAUACAUCCUUCAGGUUUGCUGUCGCACUCUCUAAUUCCUUCUGCAUGUAUUUCCCUUUCUUCUCGAGUGCGACUAUGUCUUCAGAUAUGCUUCUCUCCUGUUUAGAAAGAUCGUCCAUCAAUGUCGGCCUCUCGACAGCCAUGAACAUCUUGCCAACACCAUUGUAGAGCCCACCUCUGCCGUCAUCUGGUACAGUCUGCAAUUCUGCUCUUGUGAGUUCAAUCAGACGCUUCUCACGCGUCCGGGACGUCAAUUGGAGUUUGACUGAUCGCAGAGCUUUCUCUGCGUUGACCGCCUGUUGUUGCAUGCUUAUAAGAACCUUCUGCAACGCCUCGUCAUUUUGGACACUCAUGGCGGAAGUUAAAGAGUGAAAUGCCAAUUUGCGUAAACUGUAGACAGUAUUUAGAAAACGUAGCGACUAUCUAUUCAUUCACUGAUUCACGUAUCGAACUCUGCCCAGCCUGUUCUAAUCUCUCAGAUGUUUAUAUUGGCAGUAGGAAUCUAUCCCUGCUCUCAGAUUUAGUAUUGCUUAAACCCCAGGUUCUCCGUCACCUUCUAUAUAAUCGUAGAGCUGAACCGGCGCAAUCUGAACGUUUUAGAUCCCUUAACCCGGGAUAUAGGCAUAAUAAUGUCAAUACUACGACUCACUUGGUCAAGUUAGGUGGUAUUCUCGUCAUCGCAGACGCUUUUGUCAGCUGGGUACACUUUAGAGCGGAUGGGAUGAGCUUUAUGAAGUUGCUUAUAGCAGCUACUUUGGAUGCCUUGAGCUAUCAUAUUGCUGUCAUAUUCGCCGUGAGGAUCCUCACAGUUCGUUCCGUCAGUAAUCUUCAGAUUAGUUUAGCCAUAUUUUACUCGAGCUUUGCAAAGUUGUUCCUCCUUCUUUUGCUCAUCAUCGCCGAUCCUGUGCCUCAAUCUAGCAGUACAGUUAGCAAUGUCCCGGACAACUUCCUUACAGGUAUGCACCUCACAGACGAUAACAGGAAGGCAGUGUGGAAUGUUUACACUUCUCUCGAUGAUGACAGGAUCGAUCGUCCUUGGAUAGUCAAUACUGUUGUUGGUGGCAUGUCUGCUGGCUUCGGUUUGAGAGUACUGCUUAACACACCACCCAUCACUUCCACAAUCAUAAUUCUCUCUGGCUGGAUAGCCCGCUCAGUGACUUUGGAAUUAUUGCAUAUGUAUUUUUAGUAAAUUGUAUCUUAGUCUACAUUAUCAUCGUUGUCAUUCCCGCGGUUAAGUCCAAUCAUACGGCUCAUCCUCUCAACAAGACUUGGAUCUGACUGUUCUGUAUCGCUUUCUUCUUCACUUUCACUCUCCUCAGAUGGUUCAUCCUCACCAAACCCGCCAGGCAUACCGCCCAUACCUGCCUGUUGGAGCUCAUUUAUUUGGUCUUCGAGUACGACGCGCAUGUUAGGGUCCAUCCUACCAAGAUCAUUCACAUUAAAUUCCCCUCUGAGGAGACUCUCGAUAAAUGACAUAAUUCCGCCUGCAGCUGGACCCGCACUGUCGCUAGGGCCACCUCUCGUCCUUACACCAGUAAAGUAUGCAUCAUUAUAUCCGCUAGCACUCGUCGACGGUCUUACCGGGUCGAAUGCAUCACCUUCUGAGAACACCUGUGGGAUAUCCUGCUUGGCGUCCGUCAAAUUGUUUAUAAUUACGUGACGUGCAACGUUCUCUGGGAAUUUGUAUACUUUGAGACUCUUCCUUAUUAUGUUUUGCUCUGCCUUCUUCACUUGUUCUUCUCUCGUCAUUUCAAGGUUAUCGAUUGCUCGGUUAAUGAUCUCUUGCAGAGGUAUGUUAGGAUCACGGUAGAGUGGAUGACUAUGAGCAUAGUAGACCUUAGCCAAUGCGAUAUUACGGGCGUGGUAUGCUCCGGCAUGUUUAGCGUAAUGUUCUUCAUUGGCUUUGAUAGUCUGGUUGAUCUUCUCGUUACGGGAUUGUGAGAGGGUGAUUAAACCGUUAUCCCGCAGCUGUUCUAAGACUAUAGGAUGUUCACUGAUUGCUUCUUCGAAUGCAUUUACUGUCUCGUCGAGCUGCUUGCUUGGCUUUUCUUUAUAAUAGACAGCCAAGGCUUUAGCAUAAGCCACACCAGGUAGUAUCGCACAGUCGACAACACCACUGUUGGUGGUGUUGUUAUACGGCCAUUCCUUCGCCAAUCUGAUUAUCCAGUCAUGUUGACCAGCCUUGACAGCGAGGAAAUCUAUCCAGUUGAGCGCACCAUAUGGAUCGGUGAGUGGAUCCAACGAGAGCAUAAGCUUGGCAUAUUCGAACGCCGUCCUCCAACAUCCUUUCAUACACAAAUGAUUGAUCAGUCUUGUCAAGGCGAGCCAGAUUGAACGGUUUUCCACCCUGUCGAAAUCUAAUCUACAUUGACCGGAGAGAACGUUAAAGUUUGUUGGAAAGGCUCUUUCAAUAGCGAAAAGUGCCCUCUCUGUGAAGUCGGAUGCGUUAGAGUUGUCUCCCUGCAUUCUGAACACUUCUGAAACUUGAUUGAGAGUGUCAACGUGAUAUGGGUAAACUUGCAAGAGUGCCAUAAGUGUGUUAGGAUCAAAGCUGCCUGUUGCAUCCAAGAAUUGACGUUGUACGCUCUUAUAUUGUGGUUCGUGUACAAAUGUCCACCAAUUACCAUCACCGCUAUUUCCAGAUCCGCCCAAAUUGAAUGAGUCAUCUAAGUUGUGUCUCACACGCCAAUCUUUCAUCUCAUCCAAUGUGAGUGUGCGCAUACCUAUACCGUCUAGCUUGGCAACCGUCGGUGGUGGCCAUGUCGGCUUGUAUUUCGCAAGAUGUGAACGUGGCAUAGCUUUCAUGAAUGCCGCUUGAGCGCGCUGGUUGCGUCCCUGUCUACCCAUACCAUAGCUAUUCAUUGAUGUCGCAGAUGAGACAACUUUAGCACCAAACAUUUUCUUCAUUUCUGCUGAAGCAUCGAGCUGUUUAGGAUCUAUGCCUAGGAACGCCUUAAGUGUGCUUAUCGUGGAGUUUUGCUUUGUAUCUGAUGUCUGAGUAGUUUGCUGUUGUUCUGGAUAU